CAUCAGUUUCCACCCAACAUAAAUAAACCGAGCAACCGAACUAAACCCCUGUCCGAUUCCGGAACCAUCUUAUCUCCGCCGCUGGCCGCCGUGACUAGAACCAUGCUGGCGGUGAUUCGGAGAAUCAACACUGUGGCGGAAGAAGCUCCCCGCCUCACCAGAUUCUCUCUUCAUGCCCCAAAAUGCGUAGAGGUAGAAUUUGCCAAUGGCAGUGAAUUCAUGUUGUCAGCUGAAUUUCUCAGAAUAAAUAGUCCUGCGGUUGAUGGAAAAAUCAGGUCAAUUGGAGGUGAAAAGGUGAUAUCUGGGAGACGCCAUGUGGGAAUCAUGUCUGCAGAACCAGUAGGAAACUAUGGGGUAAGGCUCAAUUUCGAUGACUUGCAUAAAACUGGUAUUUAUUCCUGGGAUUAUUUCUAUCAUCUAGGAAGCAACAAGUUUACCCUUAUGAGAAAUUACAUCAAAACACUGAAAAAAUAUGGGCUUAGUCGGGAUCCACGUGGAAGAAAAUGAUGCAGACUUGAGUUUAAUCACCCAAUUCUAGUUUGAGAUAUGAAGGCAGUUUUCAUUUAACAUGAUAUUUUCCUCUGGUGGCGUCAUUUGUUGAAACUACUGAAACCUGUACUAUUGUAACAUUUUAUGUUUAGUGAAAUUUGAACAAUGGGCAUCAAUACAGUAAGUCUCCAUUUAUAGAAGAGAGGAAUCAAAAAUAAAUAAAGGAGUGCUUUGCAUCCUUUUUUUACUUUGGUGUUGGCCAAUGAUGAGAGGAAAAGAUCAUGUAAUUAUCUACUAAAGCAGUUCUAUAUUUUCAUUUUUCUGUAGUGCUUUUGAUUUCAUUUUGGAUCAGGUUUUAUUUUAAUACCAUAGGGUGUCUUUUUAUUUCAUUUUUUUUCUUGUAAACUUCUUAAUCAUAUUCAUGUAUUAGA